ACUGACACCCAGGUCUCUUUUACAGAUGAGCCCUGUGGACUAGUUUGUUUGGCGGAGGUAGGCAUUUCUAGAGUUCUCUACUGGGCACAUUUCCUGUAUUGAUGAAUGCCCUCGCGAAGAAGCGCGGUUCUGCACCGGGAGAAGUGUAGCUAGCUAGUAGACAGCUUUAAGCGCGAUUGAUACCUUAUUUCGUGUUUAUGCACUAUACUAAUAUGGUUUUCUAAUCGGUUGUGAUCUACUUGAAUACCGUUUUGAGAACUCGCUUUUUAUUUAAACUCAACGCUAAAAUAAACUAGCUAACGUUAGCUAUUAUGUCGGGAGGCGUCGUGAGAGGCCCUGCAGGAAAUAACGAUUGUCGUAUUUACGUCGGAAAUCUACCCCCUGAUAUUCGCACCAAAGAUGUCGAGGACGUGUUUUACAAAUACGGAGCGAUUCGCGACAUCGACUUGAAAAAUCGGAGAGGAGGACCUCCCUUUGCCUUUAUCGAAUUUGAAGAUCCCAGGGAUGCCGACGAUGCAGUGUACGGACGAGACGGCUAUGACUACGACGGUUAUCGGCUGCGAGUUGAAUUCCCUCGGAGCGGCAGGGGUGGGGGGAGAGGCGGCUUUGGUGGUGGUGGUGGUGGGGGGGGGGUUGGUGGCGCCCCUAGAGGCAGAUACGGGCCGCCAUCCAGACGCUCCGAGUACAGGGUCAUUGUCUCAGGGCUUCCUCAGAGUGGCAGCUGGCAGGACCUCAAGGAUCACAUGCGUGAGGCUGGGGAUGUAUGUUAUGCUGAUGUUUUCAGAGAUGGAACUGGGGUUGUGGAGUUUGUGCGCAAAGAAGACAUGACCUACGCCGUUCGAAAACUGGAUAACACCAAAUUCCGAUCACACGAGGGAGAGACCGCUUACGUUCGCGUGAAAGUAGAUGGUCCCCGCAGCCCGAGCUAUGGAAGAUCACGUUCCAGGAGCCGCAGUCGAAGCAGGAGCCACAGCGCAGCCAGUCGCAGCCGCAGCAACUCUCGCGGUGGUGGUACCCGUGGUGGCAGAGGAUCUCCUCGCUACUCUCCACGCCAUAGCCGCUCUCGCUCCCGUUCCUAAACUCUGUUGCCCUUUUGGUGGAUCCCCUGUAAACAGUUCCCCUCUACACUUGUUUUUAUCCCCUUUUGAGUUUUUCCAGAAGUCAACUAUAGAUUUGAAUUUUUGCAUUUCAUCUCCUGAUGUCCUAGUGGAAGGUCUUGGUAUGUAGGUGUAUCACCUUUCCUCCCUCCCCUGACCCUCCCUACUUUAGUCCUUUUGUUUUGAUCCCUUUCAAUUAAUUUAGAUUUACCUAUUGUCUGUCCUCAAUUUUUUGCAACACUUGAAACCCGGUUCUUUUUAAUGAGAUCAAUGUUUUUGUAAGUGUUGGAAAAUUGAGAUGUACUUUUUCAUGGGAUGGUGGGAGUUCAUUGCUAAACUGUUUUACCCUUGUGUCUUCCUUUAGACAUCUGAAGAUAAGGAUUAAAGAGUGAUUUGGAAUAAAAGUUGUGGAGCACAUUUCAUUUGUUUGAUCAGGAUAGGACAUCUUAGGAGGUCGAGGCAAUGGUUUUGAUUGGAGGAGUGGCUCAGUGGAUCCCAAUCCUUGGAGCCGGAUCAGAGGAGCGUUUAGGGAAGGGAUAGGCAAGAAUGGAUGCUUGGAACGGGAUCAAUUUUCCAGGAAUCAAAUCAAUUGAACUAAUUAAGGAAUCCUAGAUGCAACUUUUUGAAUGGCCCAGUUUAUUUCAAUUUUUGAGCGGUAAAUAUGCGCAGAGUCAAAGGAUAAGGAUUAUUUACGUUUUUGGAGUAAGAAAAGGAAACUGAGGACCAGGAAGUUGGAUCAAAGGAUGCAAGGAGUCUGGUAAAUAAGGCAUUAAAAUGUGGGAUGGUUGGGGAUUAUAUUUAGUAUAGUUAGUCUUUAUUACUUAAAUUUACUUUACUCUUUCAGUUUAGUAUUUUCAAUAAAAUCCUGAAAAGACAUACCUGGUUUUUAGUUUUUUUCUUCUUUUGAAUGAAUGUUAAAGCUGAUCUUCAUGUCCCUAUGAUGUAAUAGAAGAUACAUGCUUAUUUGUAGACCUAAUUGAAAACCCCAGUAAACCAUCUACUCCAAUGUAUUACAUUUUACACCGUGGGGCGGUUUCCCCGACACAGAUUAAUUUUAGUCCUGGACUAAACCAUUUCAAUGGAGAUUCAUAAUUUACUGUGUUUUAGUCCAGGACUAGGUUUAAUCAAGAAAUAACUGAAUAUAAACUCUGAAAUAAGUGAUAACAGCCUGUUAAGAGUUGUAUGCGGUAGUGAGGAAAUGUCAUUCCAAACAGAUGUUUAUAUACAUCUCACACAGACAAACAUGGAUUAUAUUUUUAUAAAAUGAAUAGCCUAUAUAAUCUCUCAUACAUUCAUUGGUGCUGAUAUCAAUAAACUAACACAUCGAGCAUAAUAAAUACUCCGUACAGCUGAGUGUGAGGAGGCCUUCUCUACUUACCUCACCGUGUAUUGUUAACGAUGCAUUGUGGGAUGAAAUAAGAUGCUGGCAGAGAAGAGCUGCUAGAAAAUGCUCAAAACACAAGAAGAGGUGGCAGCUCAGCCAAUGGCAGGGUAAGUUGUGUAGGGCGGGGGAGGUAUUUUACGAGGGCAGUUUCCCCACAUAUUUGCUUUGAGUAAAUCUUGUAAAAUAAUUUGUCGCAGCACGAUCCAUCAAGUAAGCAAAACUUGAUAUCCACUAAGGGGAAUUACCAGAUUACGAAGGGGAUAGUAUCAGCAUCUCCUAAAUAAGGUGAGCGACAAUGUUGAGUAGCCUGCACGCACUCACACUUGACUUGCAUGGAUGGUGGUGAUUCAGGUUGUCUAAUUGAAGCGAAGUUUCUCGUACAAGGUAGCCUACUUUCUAUUGUGAAUUUAAAUCGAAAUAAUGAACUAAUGCGCAAUCACUACCACCUGCAGGCUAUUGGCACGAAUCCGAUCACCCUCGGACCCGUUAAAUCAUCCAUAAUUUAAAGGAAUGAUAUGUAAAAAAUUAAACUAAUAGUUGCUUUAUCUGGAUGUUUGAACUAGACUAGAAUUGUGCAUUUCAGGGGACAGAUUCCUAAUUGUAUAAAUGUGAUGUCGCCAUGUGGUUUUUAAUUCUACCUGUAUCGAGUUUCUUCCGCAACCUAUUCGUAUUGUACCUAACCAGCACAGGGUCGUAGUCACUCAACGUAAUCUGGUGCCGAAUUAUAGACCAGCUAUUAUCCCAGUACAUUCGGAAACACUGAUAGAACCGCGUUGAUUGCAACAUUGUAUCAUAUCUGCACUUGAUUGGCCUAUUCUUUGAUUUUCAUCGUAAACCGCACGGUACGGUGAAGACGGGGUAAACCAAUCAUAGCUGCACGUGUUACCUGUGAAUUCUGGCUUUAUCACCUCACUAAACUUGUCAUUUUGUAUCUGUAAUUAUGUUAGUUUAGACUUGUUUCUUUUUGUUGUCCUUGUUUGCAGGCAUGACUGACAGGAAGGCAGUAAUCAAGAAUGCUGACAUGUCUGAGGACAUGCAGCAGGAUGCAGUGGACUGUGCUACCCAGGCCAUGGAGAAGUACAAUAUAGAAAAGGACAUUGCAGCCUACAUAAAGAAGGAAUUUGACAAGAAGUAUAACCCUACAUGGCAUUGCAUUGUUGGAAGGAACUUCGGCAGCUACGUCACUCAUGAGACAAAGCAUUUCAUCUACUUCUACUUAGGGCAGGUGGCCAUCCUCCUCUUCAAGUCUGGCUGAGUUCUCUUUGAGGCCUGGAGUGCCUCUCUUCCCAACAUGGACUGUAAUGCACUGGUGGCUGAUGUCACAACCUCCCAUACACUUCAAAUAUUAAAGUUAAAACAUACCAUGAUACACAACUGGCUGUGCGCAACUGCAUGGACUAAGAUGUACCAUAUUUAAUGUGUAUAUGUUACAGUAAAAAUAUUACUGUUCACUAGUUUCCAUAAAAUGCAACUGGAAGAGAUUUUUGUUAAUGCUAGAUUUUGUUAUAAUUAAUUUGUAAAUGCUUUAACAGUGGCCUUUGAUUGUAUAAUAAAUGAAAGCUAGAGAUUGUAGUUGUGCAUCUGCUUUCCCACAGAGCUGUUUUGUUUUUAGUGACUUCUGUCCUGUCAUUUUAAAUGUGUUUAGUUGCUCCAGACGUUGACGUACUACAGCAGUUUGUAAUACCUGUAUAUUGCCAGAGGUACAAGUGAGCCUAGCGCAGUGUAUUUGGACAUGUCGUCCCAGAUUUGCAACUGCUGUUAUCGAUCCCAUUAUCUCACAAUCUUAUUUCAUAAGCUGGACUGUCAUCUGGCAUUUUUCUAUUGCUAUUUGUAUUCCAAGCUAGUAGAGUUCCUGUGCUAACUUAUUUAGAUGCUUGGCGGUUCCAUUUGCAGAGGGUUGACACCAUCCACCCUUGAACCUAUUCUGGCUGUGCAACGAAGGACUGAAUGUUGGCGUUCAGGUCCCUUUGUAGACUUUCAAAUUGUAAGGAAAUAUUUUAAUUUGUGUUUUUUUUUUUUUUUACUGUAUUUGCUAUGUUGGUGGUUUCUGUUUAUAGUUUAAUGCAAAUUGCUGUAUGAUUUGCACAGACGUACCUCUUAUUGUUCUCAGUUCAUGGGCACCUGAACUCAAUUGCACUUCACUAAAGGGAUAUUUCGGCAAUGAGGCUCUAGAUCUACUCUCCCAGAGUCCGAUUCACUUGAUACCAUUAUGUCUGUCCAGUGUGGAGGAAGUUGGUAGUUUCGUGAGCUAACGCUAACUAGCGUUGGUGUAAUGACUUGACGUUGCUAGUAGAUAGCGCAAUGACUGGAUGUCUAUGGUUAACGGAUCAAAGUUAUAAUUGACUCCCGGCAAGUAGCUAAAGGGCCUCGUUACCAAAAUGCUGAAGUGUCCCUUUUAAAGGUGUCCAGUAAACUUGGAAACUUUAAUAUAGUCAAUGUAUAAUCAAGCCAAUGAUUAAACAUUUCAUUGUAUCCUGA